GAGACAUCGAAAUAGUAGUUACUUUACCCGUACCCUAAAUAAUAAAUAUGAAAUGAAGCGCAUCAUCCACGGGUCUUUCAUUACUCUCUAUGCUCAGGAUGUAUACGUGGAAUUGAUGCAAUCACUAACUAUUCUUUCCUCAAUCAUUGCAGAAUCAGAAGACGAUUCAAAAGAUGGCAAACUUGCAAGCACUAAAAUGGUAUUUGAUUCCCCAUCUGGAAUUCAAUUCAUCGAGGGACAACGCAACUCACUGCAGAUUGUGUAUGGUCAAUAUGCCUAUGCCAAGAACAAUACGCACGGUUUGACCACCUACUGGAAUUGUCGGGCACGUCGCACUGGCCAAGAACCGUGUAAAGCUCGUCUGUCCACUACUAGACUUCCGACCGGCAAAUACAAAGUGUGCCUCACCCGCCCCGAACACAAUCAUCCGCCAUCAAGGCGCGUCCAGAGGCUAAUAAAGCAAUCUGCAUCUUCAUCUCCUUAAUCCUAGAUCAUAAGCAGUUACAAAAAAAA